UCAGGUCUCUGUUGUUGUUUGGUUUUGUUGAGUAAGGCAGGGUAGUGUGUAAUAUACAUCCAAUCAAUAUCUUUCCAGGAGACAAGCCAUGCUCGAGUGGAGAAGCUCGGUAGUUCAGCAGUGCUAAAUAGAGAUCUGAUGCACUGUCGGCUGCUUUCUUGAGUUGUUUGACAAUGUGUACUUCCCUUCUCUGCUUUCCCAUUUGACUGGGGAUACAUUGGGCUGGACGACACAUGUUGGAAAUCAUAAUCCUCUGUAAAGUUCUGGAAUUCUUUGCAACUGCAGCACAGUCCAUUGUCACAGCAGACAACAUGUGGGAUUCUAUGUCUUGCAAAGACUGAUUGAAUGUGUUUAUUCACACAGUAAGCAGAUGCAUUGGGGAGCAGUGCCAUCUCUGGAUAGUUUGAGUAAUCUAUCAUGAGCUUAUAAUUCUUUCUAUCCAGGAGGAACAGAUCAGUCCCAACUUUCUGUCAUGGUUCAUCUGGUGGGUCUGUGAUAAUCAUGGGUUCCUUUGGCUGCUUAGCAUGAUGCUUUAAACAAGUCUCACAGGUUGACACUGUCCUGUCAAUUUCUGAAUUUAUUCCUGGUCAACAGAUAGCAGUUCUGGUCCUUUUUUUUUUUUUUUUUUACAUUUUUCUGCUCCAAGGUGUAGGCCUGUUACGAUAACUACUUUUGUUGGACGAUAUAUUUUCCCAGAAAUUAUUGUUAUAAACGAUAUUAUUGUCAUUUUAAGACCAUUUUAUACCACUGAUAUAAUGAUAAUAUAAUAGCAUAAUAAUGCAAGUACACCCUUUCAAAGAGCAAAGAACUUUUAAUUCUUAAGAAUAUUCAGACAUUGGAAUUGGAAUGUCAAAAAAAAAAAAAAAAAAAUUUUUUAAAUAUCCUAAAUAAAUAAAACAUAAAUAAAGUAAAACCACACAACCAAAACAAUAAAUAAAAUGGACUCUUGGGCUCCGUUAAUAAAAUUGCACUAAAUAUUAAACAUUUGGCACAGGGGUAUAGAGAAUCAUUCAUUCCUUAGCAGGCAAUAUACUGCCAAUCCAGUUUCUCAAUGGUUAGGAGCUUUGUUAACAAAAAGUGCAAAGUAACAACAUAUUAGCUAUAAGUUAGAUAUAAUUUAACAAGUAGAACAGGAUGGGAUGGUUAUGUUUUAGAUGAGCUUUUAGGUAGUUGUAUUGCCACUUUUCUUGCCACUGUUUUUAAACAAAGUAGACGUACUGGCUAAUUCACAUUAAUGGGCUCUCAUCUCUCAUUUGGCUUAAAGCCAAAAUGUUCCCACACCGGAGCUGUGGAAUGCGGCUUUGAAACCAAGCCCAUUUGGACUUAUUCUUCAAAAUUUCUGACCAGAAUUAUGCAGUCGUCAGGAAAAACACUUAAUAAAACACGUAUUAGCCUCGAGUAACAGGUUAUCUUCACCUGUUGCUGUCCACUCUGUGUGUGUGGAGAAGUUGCGUGAGCCCCGCCUCUAACACAGAUAGCAGGCGAGAGGACAGAAGCAGUGCGACUGGCUAAAAUGUUAGUGACAUCCAUUCUUUUUUUUUUUUUCUCCAUCAAUUUGGAAUGCCCAGUUCCCAAUGUGCUCUAAGUCCUUGUAGUGGCAUAGUGACUCACCUCAAUCUGGGUGGCGGAGGACGAAUCUCAGUUGACUCCGCGUCUGAGACGUCAAUCCGCAUAUCUUUUCAUGUGGCUUGUUGAGCGCAUUACUGUGGAGACAUAGCACGUGUGGAGGCUUCACACUAUUCUCCGCGGCAUCCAUGCAAAACUCACCACAUGCCCCACCAAGAGCGAGAACCGAAUUAUAGCGCCCUCAAAGAGGUUACCCCAUGUGACUCUACCCUCCCUAGCAUCUGAGCCAAUUUGGUUGCUUAGGAGACCUGGCUGGAGUCACUCAGCAUGUCCUGGAUUCGAACUCGCGACUCCAGGGCUUGUAGUCAGCGUCUUUACUCGCUGAGCUACCCAGGCCCCCAGUGACAUUCAUUGUUAUGUAAAUAAACACACAUGUAAACACAAUGGGCAAUAUCAAGGUCAGCAAAAAUGAUCGAGAUCAUGUCCAUACAUCGUACGAUAAGUCGAUAACGUAAUUAUCGUGACAGGCCUACCAAGGUGCCCCUCAUGCAGUUUUUUCAGCAUAUCCUGUUGCAGUGAUUGAGGGAUAUUAAUUCUGUUCUGCCUCAGUAGAAGUCCAUUGACAACACUUAAAUCUGCUCUUAUGUUGUAGUACUGCUGACAUAGCCCUCUAGGCCUAUCCUCAUUCAGAUGUGUGAUGACCAUUUGUAGACUUUUGUCUUGUGCUGUUUCAGCUGCAAUCUGCUUGGACUUCAUGUUUGUGACUGGAAGAGCUGCAGCAACCAUGUUCACAUGGAGAUUCACAUCAGCCUCAGUGGAGCUGUCAUUGUGUGCUUCACUCUGUUUUGUAGCCCUGGAUAGGGCAUCUGCCAGCACUUGUACUUGUGUAAUGUACUUUCCUGGUGUAUAAAUCAUUUUGCGAUCACAUCGAUGAAUUUUCAUCAUCAGCUGUUGAAUUCUUGGAGUCAUCGUUCUCGAGGCAUAUGUGAGUGGCGUCCAAUUCUCUCUCUAUCAGAUGAAGUGAUCAUUCUUAAGGCGUAUGCGACUGGCCUCCAAUUCUCUCCCUCCCCCUGUAGUAGUCAGUAUUCUUUGGGCACGUCUGUGGAUAUUUUAGUCUUUCUGGAAGGGUCAAAGAAUGUCAGAACAAGCUCUGUAGUCAGAAGAGUCUUCAGUCGUCCCCAUUCUUUUUCAUGGUUGUCAGUCCACUUGAACUCGCAUUGGUCACGCAACACCUCUCACAACACUUCUCUCCCUCUCAGAUGGAGUGAUCGUUCUUGAGGCGUAUACGACUGGCCUCCAAUUCUCUCCCUCUCAGAUGGAGUGAUCUUUCUCGUGGCGUAUGCAACUUGCCUCCGAUUCACUCCCUCUCAGAUGGAGUCAUCGUUCUUGAGGCAUAAGCGACAGGCCUCCAAUUCUCUCUCUAACAGAUGGAGUGAUCAUUCUUGAGGUGUGUGCGACUGGCCUCCGAUUCUCCCCCUCUCAGAUGGAGUCAUCGUUCUUGAGGUGUAUGCAACUGGCCUCCAAUUCUCUCCCUACUCCUGUAGUAGUACUGCACCCAAUCACUCUUUGGAUAUGUAUGUGGAUAUCUUAGUCUUUCUGGAUGGGUCAAAGAAUGUCAGAACAAGUUCUGUAGUCAGAAGAGUCUUCAGUCGUCCCCAUUCUUUUUCAUGGUUGUCAGUCCACUUGAAACUCACAUUGGUCACGCAACACCUCACAGGCAUACCGUUUUUGAAAUUUGGUACGAGCUUUCCGAUUAAAUGUAUCAUUCCCUUCACUCUCAGUAUAGCCUUUGUGUCUGUGGGUCUGGACAUUUUGAGUAUUGCUUGUAUCUUACUCUUGUCUGGUUCCCCCCUCUUUCAGACAGUUUAUUUCCAAGGAAUGUAAUUUCCUUCACUUCGAACUGACUCCUUAUUAAACUUCAGUCCAUAUUUUGGAACCCUCUGUAACACUUUAGUGAGCCUUUUAUUGCACUGAUAUAUUGUGCAUUGCCAUAGCACAAUAUCAUUCACAUAAACAUGCACUGCUUCUAUGGCUUCAAUGAUGUGCUCCAUGGCUCUGUGGAACACUUUAGGAAAUGAAGAAAUUAAGGGCAUCCUCAAGAAGGGAUAUCAGCCUAAAGUUGUGUUAAACAUACUGUUCUAUGAGCUAUCCUCGUUUAGUUUCAGCUGAAUUUCUUCUCUUGUUGGAAUCUGAUAAUGUUCCCUCUAGAAAUGUGCAUUUAAGUAUUUUGGGUCCACGCACACAAAGUAUACCAUUUGGUUUUUCACGCUCACCAUGGAAUUCACCCACUCUGUAGGAUUUUCCACUUUCUCUAUGACUCCCAAUGAUGUCAUUCUUUCUAGCUCUUGCUUCAGUUUGUCAUGAAGUAGUGCUGGAAACCUCCUGGGAGUGUGGACUACUGGCUGUGUGUCUUCUUUCAUCUGUAUCUUGUAGGUGAACACCAAUCCCUUUAAAGAUGUCAGGGAACUGCUUCAGUAUAUCAUCUACACUGCUCUAUGCCUUGGGUGGUAUUAAUUAUAUACACCCUUUUAACAAACCCAGGUCUUCACAAGCCUUUUAACCCAACACUGAGUAAUGGCCACCAGGAACUACUACAAACAGAAGGCAAAGUUCUCUGUUUUUCAUUUUUACUUUGUGAUGACAUUUCUUUUUUAUUUUAAUGUGCUGCUCAUUGUAGGCUUUGAGCAGGACAGUUCUUUGAUUAAUAUGUGGCUUUAUUUUCAUUGCUUCAAGCUCACAGAUCAAAUUGGCUUUUUGUCCAGCUUGAGUGAGAUUAUUGCUGCAUUCAUUUGUAGAGCUGCCAUCUACUUGUUCUGUGCAACACUAUUUACAUUAGACCAUUCAGUCUUACCUUGAUUGAACUCCUUUUGAUCUUUGUGCUCUCAUUGAAUGUCUUGGCAUGCUGAAGAGCCAACUCACUGGCGUGGAAUAUCCUCACCUCUUCAGUUAAGGUAAGCUCUGUCUCUCACAGUAACCUCUCCCUCACUUUCUAUGUCAUAGAUUCAAAACACGAUUUGGUCUCAGACCAUGGAUUCAAAAGUUGAAUGUUCUAGCUUUCAGCUUUAAGUCCAUUAAGAAACUGUCAAAAGACUCUCCCUGUUGCUGCCAGCUAGAAUGAAAAACAUACCUCUCGAAGGUCUUGUUCUAUUUUGGCAAACAGUGUGCAUCAAACUUUUCAAUUACCACUUCAUAUUUAUCCUUGUCUUCUGUUUGGUCAGAUACGAAUGUGUUAAACACCUCUAUUGCCUGCGAUCCUGCGACAGUGAGUUGCAAUGCUAUCUUCUGUGCUUCUGACUGAAGUCCAACUGCUCACAGAUACAUCGUGAAUCGCUGUUUAAAUGUUCGCCACUCACAGUCAAUAUUACCAGUCCAGUUCACACUGUCAGGCGGUUUUACACUUUCCAUGAUGGCAAUUAGUGAUCAUUACCACUCCUGAUAGCACAUACUUUUUCUUGGAAUUAUAAAGAAAACAGUUUUAAUUCACUUGUGUUUUUAUUCCAAUUUAGGUCUCCACAUGACAACUGACAACCACUCUUCUUUGUCUGUCUAGAGUACCUCCAGCUUAUUGCAAUCACAAACCACACCUUCAUUGAAGCCCCUCCCACAGCAAUUCACCAGUUACACACCUGUUCAAAUGCUGGCACUGUUCCGGCAGAGCUCUGCCUGACAUACUAUUGUAAAGAUGGAUUGUAUUGAAGAGGAGAGCGAGCACAUGAAUGAUCCAGAACCAUGUGGAAUGACAAAUGAAGAUACUGAGGAACAAAGGGAGCUGAUGGAAGUGAAAGAGGAAAGUCAAGAACUGAAUGAAUUGGAGGAGAAAGAUCAGUAUCAGAAGCCUCAUACUAGCUCACAGACUGAAAAGGAUCAAUUGCGAAAAAGAACUGGAGGCCAAAAAAAAUUUUCCUGCCUUGAGUGUGGAAAGAGUUUUACAAAUAAAUCACAUUUUAAUAAUCAUGUGAGAAUUCACUCUGGAGAGAAGCCUUUCACAUGCACUCAGUGUGGAAUGAGUUUCACCGAUAAAGGAAACCUUAACUGCCACAUGAGAAUUCAUACAGGAGAGAGGCCUUUCACAUGCACUCAGUGUGGAAAGAGUUUCAGACAUUCAAGCAAUCUCACAAUUCAUCUGCGUUCUCACUCUGGAUUUAAGCCCUUUAACUGUGAUAAGUGUGGCAAAAAAUUUACAUUGGCAACAAAUCUAAAGAUGCACCUGAAAACUCAUGCAAAUGAAAAGCCUUACCUGUGUUCUAUUUGUGGAAAAUGUUUUUCACAACUGAACAAUUUUAAAGAUCACCAGGUAUCACAUACUGGUGUGAAAGCUCAUGUUUGCUCAGAGUGUGGUAAAGCCUUUACGAGAGUCGGUGAAUUAAAAAGGCACCAAAGAACCCAUGAUGGAGAAAAACCUUACAAUUGUUCACAUUGUGGAAAGAGUUUUGCUCAGUCAGGGCAAAUGAAAUCACAUGAAAGAAUCCAUACUGGAGAAAAACCUUACAAGUGUUCCCAUUGUGAAAAGAGUUUCGCUCGCUCAGGAAUCCUGAAAGCACAUGAGCGAGUGCAUACUGGAGAGAAACCAUUCCACUGCACUUCAUGUGGGAAGAGUUUUGCCCAAUCCAUUAAUCUACAAACUCAUGUUAAAAAGCAUUGUAAAAUGUUAACACAGUGCAACACACUCUCAUAAUGAUUUGUCCCUAUAGCAAAUUUUGUCUGCGCCACAAAAACCUCCCUCUGAUGCUGGACUCAAUUAUUUUUAAAUUUCAAAUGACUAUUUCAAUACUACAUUUUAAAAUAAAAUGAAUUGAAAAUUUGUCAUCAUUUA